CUUCGGUACACGCCUAGUCCGGUUCGGUUGAACAGAGUGCUGAUAAGUGCCACAGGGAAAUAUAGUGUAUCAACGUUAGAAGAAAAAUAAACACUCAAAACAUGCUCCACCAAGCAACGAACCACCGACUGCUACUACUGUCUGUGAUAGCAACUCUGCUGGUGACCACGGCCAACGGACAACUUUCCUUCCAAACGGAUGCCUCGCAAAACAGUUUCCAGAUUCGAACGCCAGCCUUCCAGCAAACCUUCACCCGGUACUUUAACGGACAGCAUGGCAGUCUGCUGGCUGCCCAACAGCAACAGCAACAGCCACAACAACAACAACAACAAUCUCAGCAGGCGCUGCAGUAUGCGUCACCAGCUCAAACCUACGCUCAAAAUGAUCCCGCCGCUUAUCAGCAAUACUAUCAACAGCAGCAACAGUUGGCUCAAUAUCAACAACAACAACAACAACAGCUACAACAACAAUCCCCACAACCAUACAACAGAUUCGUAUCUCAAUUUUCCGGGGAUUCCGCCGCAGGACAACCCCAAUAUACCACCAUUCAGGAAAAUUAUAUAAAUCCUAAUAUUAGAAUAGCCGCUGAGCAGCGUCGGUUACUUCAACAGCAACAGCUACAACAACAACAACCACAGCAACCACAGCAACAACAACAACAGUACUACACACAACAGGACAUCCAGGCCUAUCUGCAAAGUCAACAGGUUUACGCCACUCAACAACAGCAGCAGCAGGCACAACAAAGUCCCCAGUCGCAGUUUGAGUACAUCCAACAACAACAACAGCAGCAGCAGCAACAACAACAACCGCAGGAUUCAGCAGCAACAGUCGCAGGAACGGACGGAACCACCCCCAACAAACUGAUCGGGGUGGCUUUCUCACCCUCCAACGAAGUGUCGCAGGUUAAGUUCAGCAGCAGUGGGCUCAAGUAUAACUUCUGAGCCAACAGUUGUGAGUAACUGUUCCCCCGCGGUUGGUGGAUUUUACGUUUUUAUCUCAUCGGUUGCCUACCACCAGGCUGUUGUUGUUUUCGUUAUUCUUUGUUGCCGUUGCUGCUUCGGUGGCAAAAGUUUUUCCGCAAAAAGACGGAAACUUUCGGUAUUUUGCUGGGUAAGUUCCAGUUAGUUUUCGAGUGCUUUUUGAUAGCGAGUGAUAGGGAGACUGAUCAGAAGUGAGUGUUGUUUCGA